UUGAUUUUCUAAGUCACUUCGUUGACUAAUUUUUGUUAAUAAUUAAAAUUAAUUGUGAACUUUCUUAUUAAUUUAUUUAAUCAACAAUCAAGGAAGAAGAAACUGUUUCAAUUAUUACCACUGAUUUUAAUAGUAUUUUUGUGUUGUGAUAAAACAAAAACGGACUCUACUUUUCUUAUUCUUUUCUUACCUGUUAGUCUUUUCUAACCGGACUAAUUUUUUUCUUCUUCUUCUUCUUAAUACUUUUGGACGCCAUGUUUUUUAUAUUAACUAAUCGUUGUUUUCUAACAAAUAUAAUCAGUUAAUGAUUAACCAAUGAUUUAUUUGAACACCAAUUUGUUUCAAUUUUACGAUAAAUUGACAAUUAACUUAAAUUCCAGUGAUUAACGUGACAUUUUGAGUGGUUAAAUCCACUCACAUUUGGUUUUCUUGUUCUCAUCUUUAUAUCUUUUUCGGAUAUUCUUUUUAAAAACAAAUUCUAUUCUAUAUAAACAAUUGUUCUCUUUUCUCUUUUCUUUUUUGUUUUCGUUUUUCUUUUUUACCUUUUUUUUCUUCUUCUUCUCCGAUAGUGUCUUCCUGGGUUUCUUGAAAUCCUUUUUUCUUUUUCUUCUUCGACGGCAACUUUGUUGUCCAUCUUCAAUAGUUGCAAUAUGCUCCCUCCGAGAAAUCACCAUAACUCACUAAGCUUAUUUACAAAAUCAUCAUCAACAAUUUUCUUAGCCUUCCUAUUCUAUUCAGUCAUCUCAAUUUGCUCAUCUUUAACAUCUUCCUCUUCUUCACCUUCUUCAUCUUCACCAUUUCCCACAUCCAUAUUUGAAUGUCCCCCUGGUUGGCAUGUUUCGGGGACACAAUGUUACAAAUAUUUUAAUAUAAAACACUCAUGGGGACGUGGCAAGGAAAUAUGUAAAAGGUAUGGAGGUGAAUUGGCCUUUAUUCAGGACUACAGUCAAAAUAACUACACGAGUUACUUAUCUUACCAGUUCCUUAAAGAUUCACCAGCUAAAUCAUAUUGGAUAGGUUAUCAUACGAUUCAGAAUUUAUCAACAAAUCAUAUUGAAUCAGCGAGUGGUAAAUAUAUCUCACAAUAUGUUGGAUUCUGGUCACUCAAUGAACCCGAUGUGACCAAAGGUGAUUGUGUCCGAGCGACUUUUGAAGAAUCGUCUCUUUAUCCUUUAAUUGAUAAUUCAUUAAGCUCACCUGGCCCAUCUUCUGGUUCACACUCUUCAUUAUCUUCCUUAUCUUCACCGGCAGUUCCUCAACAAGUUUGGGAAUUAGCUCCAUGUGAAGAUCUGUUAACAUUCAUCUGUCAACGUGAAGCUUGUCCAAUAGGUCAUUUUGCUUGUUCUAAUGGUCGGUGUAUUAAUAGCGCUUGGCAAUGUGAUGGUCAAGAUGAUUGUGGUGAUAAAUCUGAUGAGAUUGAUUGUCCACAAAACUGCCAGUAUUAUUUACAAUCAUCUGGUGAUAAGGUACAAUCACCUCAUUAUCCUAAUCGUUAUAAUCCCAACUCAGAAUGUAAAUGGACACUUGAAGGUCCCAUCGGAUCAGGGAUGAUUUUACAGUUUACCGAAUUUGAAACUGAGCCCAAUUUUGAUACCGUUCAAAUUUUAUCUGGUGGUCGAACUGAGGAAACUUCGGUUACUCUUGCAACCCUUUCGGGGGCUCAGAAUAUGUCAACUCGAACCUUUGUCACCGCUUCGAACCUUAUGAUUGUCAAAUUUAGAUCUGAUUCAUCGGUUGAGAAAAGAGGUUUUCGAGCCUCAUGGAAAACGGAACCAAUCAAAUGCGGUGGUGAACUUUACGCUCAGGCCACUGCUCAAGUAAUCACUUCACCAUUUUAUCCGGAACCUUAUCCUGGUGGGUUAGAGUGUGUCCAUAUCAUCACUGCCCCACAGGGUAAAACAAUAACCCUUGAAGUUGUUGAAUUAGACUUGAAACCUGAUACAGAUUUUAUUUACCUUCGUGAUGGACCGGGCUCAUCUUACCCGUUGUUGGCAAAAUUAUCGGGAUCUAUUGAUGGUGUUGCCAAUCGGUUUAUCGUUUCAACUUCAAAUCGAGUUUAUUUUUACUUUCAAACUGUUCUUGGUGAUUCUCGACAUGGCUUUGCAAUUAGAUUCCGUUAUGGGUGUGAAAUUGAAUUCCAAGGUGAUUCGGGUAAUAUAACAUCACCUGCUUACGGCGUUUCUGACUAUCCCGCUAAUCAACAUUGUACCUAUCGACUUAAUCGACCUGGUUCUGGUUCUUUGUCUCUGAUUUUCGAUGCAUUCGAUGUUGCCUCGAAUGAUACUGUUUCUAUUUAUGAUGGACAUGAUGUCGCAACUGGUGUACCACUUCAUCCGGGUAAAGGAUUCGCUGGUCGAGUAAUACCUUCCAAUUUAACGCUGACCGCAAGUUCGGGUAAAAUGACGAUUGAAUUUGAUAGUAAUCUAUUGAAUACUGCUCGCGGUUGGUCUGCACGAUUUAGCGCUGAUUGUCCGCCGCUCAAGAUUGGUGAAAAUGCUGUUGCCUCAAGUCGAGAGUCAACUUUUGGGGCUAAAGUUAUUUUCACUUGUCCAUUAGGUCAAGAAUUUUCAAAUGGUGCAACUCUUUUAGUUACUCAAUGUCAACAAGGUGGAAUCUGGUCUUUGCCAAGAAUACCCGCUUGCAAAGAGCGUUACUGCGGUCCAGUACCUCAAAUUGACAAUGGUUUCGCAGUUGAGGCAACAAAUGUCACCUAUCGAGGUACAGCAACGUACCAAUGUUAUGCUGGUUUUGCUUUCCCUUCAGGCCGAGGAACUGAGACUAUCCGAUGUGGGGAAGAUGGACAUUGGGGUAAACUACCAGUUUGUCUUGCGUCUUCGUGUCCACCGCUACAAGAGGUUAUUCAUGCCAAGCAAAAAGUUCUCGUUGGCUCAGGUCGAUCAUAUGGAACAAUUAUUCGCUUCGAAUGUGACCCUGGAUAUCAUCGUAAUGGUGUUCCCGUUAUUAUCUGUGAAUCAAUCGGCUCAUGGUCUGCCACCCCACCCACCUGUGAACGUGCAACUUGUCCAACUCUUCCCGAAAUACCGAAUGGUUUUAUCAUCGAUCAGUCAAAGAAAUACUUUUUCGGAGAUGAGGCUAAGGUACAAUGUAAUCGAGGCUACAAAUUAAUCGGUAAAACAAACAUUGUCUGUGGUGCUAAUCAAACAUUUGAAGAGCUUCCAUCUUGUAAGGAUAUUGAUGAAUGUUCAUCACCGGCCGCUUGUGAUUCUGCUUCCACUCAAUGUACCAAUACACCGGGUGGUUUCUUCUGUAAGUGUAAAGAUGGUUUCGAGCCUAAUCUUGAUUGUCGACCAGUAGGUGAUCUUGGCCUUGGAUCUGGAGUUAUUCCUGAUGGAUCAAUUAAAUCAUCACCAUCAGAGCCAAAUUAUGCAAAAACAUCGGUACGAAUCAACUCUGAGAAAGGUUGGUGUGGUGCUAUUCCUGAAAAGGGACGAAAUUGGGUUCAAAUUGAUUUACGAGCUCAAACGGUUAUUCGUGGUUUCCGUAUUCAACCAGUUACCCGUGACGAUGGUUCUCAAGCUUUUCCAGUAACAGUGCGACUUCAACACUCUAAUGAGCUAACCGACCUUUUCCGUGAUUACGCUGACCUAUCCAGUCGACCAGUUCAAUUCCGUCUCGCACCGAACGGUGGAUCAGGCCUAUCAAUUGUUAACCUCCCGAUUCCAUUGGAAGCUCGUUACAUUCGUCUUCUAAUAAUGGAAUAUGUUGCCGCUCCUUGUAUGCGUUUUGAACUAAUGGGCUGCUCACGACAAGAUUGUACCGAUGUUAACGAGUGUCUCGUUAAAAACGGCGGAUGUGAUCAGCGUUGUUCAAAUUCACCUGGUUCGUUUAAUUGUUUCUGUAACGCUGGUUAUGAAUUGUACACUCGAAAUGGAACAUCAAACUUUUUCAUUCCACCAACGGAAACUGGACUCAAAGAGGGUGAUCAAUAUCGAUUGAAUAAAACUUGUGUACCCAAGAAUUGUCCCAGACUUGACCCUCCCGUUAACGGUAAAAUUUUAUCAACCAAGAAAAACUAUUACUUUGGUGAUAUAAUUUCAUUCCAUUGUGAUUUUGGUUACCUAAUGACCGGUCCGUCAAACUUAUUGUGUACCUCUAAUGGUGUUUGGAAUGGUACAGUUCCUGAAUGUGUUUACGCUUAUUGUCCAACUCUUGAAGACGAUUCAUCGGUUGGUCUUAACUUCCGUUAUAGUGAAGAUCGAUCAACAAAGUUAACCUCAGUUCCAUAUCUGUCAAAUGUUACCGUUGAAUGUGAACAAGAGGGUAAACCGCUUCGUGGUACCGCUUCAGCUUCAUUCCGUCAAUGUGUUUUUGACCCUAAAAUGAGUCACCCUGAAUUCUGGUUAUCCGGUACAACACCAACUUGUCCAAGGGUCGAUUGUGGUUUACCACCAAAUACAACGGGUGCUUCAUAUGGUUUCUAUGCUGAUACCAAGUAUCGAGCAUCUUUCUUUUUCGGUUGCGAGGAAACAUUUACCUUGGCAGGUAAAACCUCAAGAAACGAUAAUGUUAUCCGUUGUGGUCCCGAUGGUAUCUGGGACUUUGGUGAUUUAAGAUGUGAAGGGCCAGUUUGCGCUGAUCCAGGUCAUUCUCCCGAUGGACAACAAUCAGCUUUAUCGUUUGAACAAGGAUCCCAAGUAUCAUUUUCCUGUAAUAAACCAGGUUACAUACCUUAUUCAACGGAUCCAAUUACCUGUGUCAAAUCAGCUGAGUGUAAGGUUGUCAGUCCAAUCGGUAUAACUUCAGGGUUAAUUCCAGAUUCGGCAAUUAAUGCGACCUCCCAACGAUCCAAUUACGAGGCUAAACAUAUAAGACUUAAUUCAGCGACAGGUUGGUGUGGUCAACAUGAACCUUUCACCUAUGUAACCGUUGACCUUGGAAAAUCGUAUCGAGUUAAAGGUUUACUGGUUAAAGGUGUUAUUACCAAUGAUGUUGUCGGCCGACCAACCGAGUUACGAUUAUUUUACAAGAAUCGUGAAUCGGACAGUUUUGUCGUCUAUUUCCCUAACUUUAAUCUCUCAAGCGCCGAACCAGGUAACUAUGGUGAACUGACACAUAUUCCACUGCCAAUGUCAAUCACCGCUCGAUAUGUUAUUAUUGGAAUUGUUUCAUAUCACAAAAAUCCGUGCCUUAAAUUUGAACUUCUUGGAUGUGAAGAUACAAAAGAUUCCGUUUUAUUGGGUUACAAUGACGGUUAUCCAGCUUGUGUUGACCAAGAGCCACCUCAUUUCGUUAACUGUCCAACUGGUCCCGUUAUGGUUCAAAAAGGAGCCACCGGACUUUUACCAGUAAACUUUUCGAUUCCCAUUGCCAAAGAUAAUUCCGGUUUUAUUGUCCGAUCAGAAAUCCGUCCACCAGGCUUUAAACCUCCACAAUUUGUUUUCAAAAACACUGUCGUUGAAUAUAUUGCCUAUGAUACCGAUGGUAAUGUCGCCGUUUGCGCGGUAAACAUAACCGUACCCGAUGAUACACCACCGAGUGUUGUUUGUCCAAAAUCUUAUGUCAUUGAAUUAGCGGAGGAGCAAGACGCUUAUCGGGUUAACUUUAACAACACUUUACCCUCGAUUAAAGCAUUUGAUAAAUCGGGCGAUGUUAAAAUCUCACUUGUACCCGAUACCGCUCUUAUACCUUUGGGUGCUUAUCGAAAUGUUACCGUUAUUGCCACUGAUCUUUCGGGUAAUGAGGCUCAUUGUCAUUUCCAAGUUUCCGUUCAAGCAGCUAAAUGUGUCUCAUGGUCAUUAUCCGCACCUCUUAAUGGUGCUGUUGAAUGUCUUCCCGAUGAGCCCAAUACCGGAUUACGUUGUGUUGCCACAUGUAAAUCGGGUUACCGAUUCACUGAUGGUGUUACAGCUAAAACUUACGAGUGCUCCGCCGGUGGACCAUGGACUCCAGAGGCCAUUAUACCCGACUGUGUUUCCGAGACGACUGAUGAAGCCUCUUACGAUGUUUCCGCUAAAGUUGAAUAUCGAUCUGGUGGUUUUAUCCCGCCAACUUGUUUACAACAAUACGUUAAUUAUGUGGCCUCUUAUUACAACUCAUUGAAUCAAGUACUUUCUGACCGAUGUUCGGCCAUUAACGUUCAAAUGGAGAUCAAAUUUUUCAACACAACCGCUUUCGUACCUAAAGAUAAUCUCAAUCAAAUGACAAUGGAAUAUAUUUUAAGGAUAAUUCCUGCUGUUCGACAACCCUCAUUAUAUGAAAUUUGUGGUUACACUUUGGGUGUUAUUUUUGAUCUUUCGGUACCUUCAACCUCAGCUAUUCUCGAACCUAUUUUGAACAUUUCCGCAACCCAAGUUGGUGGCACUUGCCCUGGUAUUCAAGCACUACGAUCUUCAGUUGAACGGGGAUUCACUUGUAAAAAUGGUGAAGUACUUAAUAUUCCUGCCGCUGCUCCUGGUUCAGGUGCAAGUCCACCUUUGGCCACAGUUCCACGGUGUCUUCACUGUCCAGCGGGUACUUAUGCCGAUACCAAGGCCCAUAAAUGUAUCUCAUGUGCUAAAGGAUUUUAUCAAGAUACAACUCGACAACCUGUUUGCCGUAAAUGUCCAGACGGAAGUUACACUCAAAAUGAAGGAUCUAAAAGUCUUGCUGAAUGUGUACCCGUUUGUGGUUAUGGUACUUACUCACUUUCCGGUUUAGUACCUUGUCUACAAUGUCCAGAUAACACUUUCUCAGGAACACCACCGAAAGAUGGUUUCAAAGAAUGCGCUAAAUGUCCAGUUGAUACUUUUACCUUUACUCCAGGAGCUAUUUCAGCAUCUUUAUGUUCAAAGAAAUGCCCUGCGGGUACUUAUUCCGACACUGGACUUGAACCGUGUACAACUUGUCCAACACACUUUUACCAAGAUAAAAUUGGUUCAACCAACUGUACCGAAUGUGAUUCUAAGGCUAAAACUUUCCGACCUGGUGCUUUAAGUCCCGAAGCUUGUCAGCCAGUUGAAUGUGGUAAUCUUAAAUGUAAACACGGUGGUAUUUGUCUGAUCCAAAACCACGAAGCGACCUGUUACUGUCCCGCCGGUUUUACUGGAAAAUAUUGUGAAAAAGAUAUCGAUGAAUGUUCAUCCGAUCCAUGUUAUAAUGGCGGUUCUUGUAUCGAUCUACCUCAAGGUUACGUUUGUAAAUGUCCAGCCGGUUAUUCGGGUCUUCAGUGUCAAAUUGAAAAAUCUGAAUGUACCGAAGGUGUUUGUCCAGAGCGAGCGAUGUGCCAAGAUCUUCCAGGCCGAGGAACCGUUAAAUGUUUAUGCCGAUCAGGUUACGAGGGUCCAGGUUGUAAUAUAACCUCUGAUCCAUGUGCAUCAACUGAACCCAUUUGUCAAAAUAAUGGCCGUUGCCUGUCACUUCUUCAAGGUCGAUUUAAAUGUGACUGUCCACCCGGUUGGUCAGGUCGAUUCUGUGAGAUAAACAUUGACGAUUGUAUUGAACAACCUUGUCUCCUGGGAGGUAAUUGUACCGAUUUAGUUAACGAUUUCCGAUGUACCUGUCCACCAGGUUUCACCGGUAAACGUUGCGAAGCUAAGAUUGACCUUUGCUCAUCUCAACCCUGUGCCAAUGGACUUUGCGUUGACCGAUUAUUUUACCACGAAUGUAUUUGUGACCCCGGUUGGACUGGCGAUUCUUGUUCCGUUAAUAUUAACGACUGCUCGCCCAAUAAGUGUCUAAACAAGGGUGAAUGUGUUGAUCUAGUCGAUGGAUUCCGCUGCGUAUGUGAGGCUGGUUAUACUGGUUCGUUAUGUCAACAUGAGGUCGAUGCUUGUGAAGCUAAACCUUGUCAAAAUGGCGGAACCUGUUACGAUCUUGUUGAUGGUUUCAUGUGCCAAUGUCGACCUGGUUUUGUUGGCCUUCAAUGUGAGGCUGAAGUCGAUGAAUGUGCCAAUAAUCCGUGUUUCCCACAAGGAACCGCUUCUUGUGUUGAUCAAGACAAUGGUUUCAAGUGUGAAUGUCAUGAAGGUUUUAUCGGUGAAUUUUGUGAGACAAACGUUAACGAAUGUGCUUCCAAUCCAUGUCUUAAUGGUGCUACUUGUGUUGAUGGUAUCAAUGAAUAUCGAUGUACCUGUUUACCUGGUUGGUCAGGUGAAAGAUGUGACCAAGAUAUUGGACACUGUGAGCCUGAUACUUGUCUUAAUAAUGCCAAAUGUGUUGACCUUUUCCAAGACUUUUUCUGUGUAUGCCCAUCGGGUACUGAUGGUAAACGAUGUCAAACUUCACCACAAAGAUGUAUUGGUGAUCCUUGUCAACAUGGUGGUACUUGUCGUGACUUUGGUUCCGGUCUUAAUUGUACCUGUCCUGCUCGUUAUGCCGGUGAUGGUUGUCAUCUUGAAUAUCAUCCUUGCCUUGACGGUGGUGUUUGUGCCAAUGGUGCAACUUGCCGUGAUCUUGGUGAUGAUUAUCAAUGUUUAUGUCCACCUGGUUGGAUGGGUAAAAAUUGUGACAUUGACGUACCCGAUUGUGGUCCAAACUCUUGUCCACCAACGGCUUCUUGUAUCGAUUUAACAAACGGCUUCUACUGUAAAUGUCCAUUUAACAUGACGGGUGAAGAUUGUCGCAAGUCGAUCAAUAUUGGUCACGAUAUUUAUAUUAACGAUGAAUCUCGAUCAUCAUCAGCCGCUUUAACGGCACCAUUUGAAUUCGGAGAGACUGCGACCUCACUAACUGUCGCUCUUUGGGUUCAAUAUCAUACACCUGAUACUCUUGGAAAUUAUUUCACUCUCUACUCGGUUAACUCACCUCAUCUUCCGGUCGGUAAAAAAGUUCUAAUGUCCGGUGAUCAACGAGGUAUAACCAUCUCAUUUUUCCGUGGGGACAAUUUUACCGAUGUUUUCAUACCCUAUUUGGCCAAUGUUCCCGUCAACGAUGGUCAAUGGCAUCAUUUGGUUGUCCUUUGGAACGGUGAAGAGGGAACUGUCACCCUAAUAACCGAUACCGCUGUCGCUGGAGUGGUCACUUAUGCCUUUUCGGGAAUGCGUUUAUCAUCAACACCUACUCAUGGUUGGGUCGCUCUUGGUUCCGUUUUGGACGAUGAAAAUCGCGUCAUUCCAAAGACCGGUUUCCAUGGACGAAUCUCAAGAUUUAAUAUUUGGAAUCGUCUUCUUGAUAUGUCAUCUGAAAUUCCAUCGCAAUUCCGAAGCUGUAAAAAUGCACCGGUCAUUUUCAACGGACUUUUACUUCGUUGGGCUGGUUAUGAUCGUAUUGAAGGUACCGUUGAGAAAGAAUCACCUGGUAAAUGUGGUCAAAGAGUUUGUGACCGUGGUUUCGCUGGCGAUGAAUGUAAAACAUUGGAACAAGAUAAAACACCACCGAGAAUAGUUUACUGUCCAGCCGAUCUUUGGGUUCACAGUAAAAAUGGAUCAGCGUCCGUUGAAUGGGACGAACCACAAUUUGUUGAUGAUCUUAAAUCCGUUCAAGUUAUCCGAUCACCAGCAGAUAUUGCACAAGGUCAAAUAUUCCCACCGGGUACUUAUGAAAUCUCAUAUGUUGCCGUCGAUGAAUCUGGUAACUCUGCCAAGUGCGACUUUAAGAUUCGAGUGAUUCGGGAACGAUGUCCGAUUCCAUUACCACCGAUCGGCGGUGAAAAGGUUUGCGGUGAUUGGGGUAAAGGAGGAAUGAACAAAUAUUGUAAAAUCCACUGUAAUCCAGGUCACGCUUUCGCUCAGCCCAUUCCUGAUUAUUACGUUUGUGGCGAAGAGGGAUUCUGGCGACCCACUGAAGACCCAAUGAAGCCACUUAUCUUCCCAGCCUGUGCUCCCGUUCAUCCGGCACAAAAGAUUUUCCGUAUUGCUAUGGCACUUCCAUCUUCCGUUGUGUGCUCAGAUUCGGGUAAACGAAUUCUGAACUCGCGAGUUGCUGAAAAUAUUUUGAAAAUCGAUCGUGAUUGGAAAAUAUGUUCAGAUGAAACUCGAGGUACUUGUCGAGGAUUAACAGUUGAAGUUCAAUGUACCAAACGAUCACCACGUCGAGAAGCUCGAUCAACCACCGAAGAAGAUGAAGAUGUUUAUGUUGUUGAGGUCGCUUUUCCGGCCAACAAAGAACCAGCAAUUUCCAAUCCAUCUUCAGGCGAGAAAAAUGUUCCAAUCGAUAGAAUCAUUAAGAAAGCCGUCUACGAAUCUGCCAUAUUUGAUGUUCGUGACACUUUACCAAAUGUUGUACCCGAUUUAACAUCACUCCAAUUGGUUACCGACUUCGCUUGUCCAGCAGGUCAAGUAGUCGCCGCACCAAAUUGUGUUGAAUGCUCUCUUGGUACUUAUUACCAAGAAUCGACCAAAACUUGUAUUGAAUGUCCAGUUGGUUUCUAUCAAAAUGAACUCGGUGCUCUUGAAUGUCAACCCUGCCCAGUGAUCUCCGGUAAACAAGGAAUCACCGCACGCGCUGGAUCACGAUCACCAAACGAUUGUAAAGCUCGUUGUACACCAGGCCAAUAUUACGAUGAAGAGGCUCGAAUAUGUCGACAUUGUGGUAACGGUUUCUAUCAACCAAAUGAAGGUUCAUUCCAUUGUAUUCCUUGUGGUCAAGGUUUAACAACUCGAAGUGCCGAGGCCGUUUCACCUCAAGAGUGUCGACCUGAAUGUAAACCCGGUUUCCAAUUAUCUGCACUUGGUGAAUGUGAACCCUGUCCAAUCGGUUACUUCCGACCUUACGGAUUACAUGAGUGUCGACGAUGUGAUAAUGGAAAGACAACCGGAUUCCUUGGUGCUUCUGACCGAAACCACUGUAACCUGACUGUGUGUAACGAAGGUGAAUAUCUUCAUCUUGAGAGCACCACUGGAAGCGAAUCAUGUGAAUUAUGUCCUAAGGGAAGUUACCAAGAUUCUAAACAACGAGAUACCUCAUGUAUCCCUUGUCCACCCGAUACAACAACCAACCGAACAGGAUCAACAAGCGAAUCUCAAUGUACUAAUCCCUGUUUGGUAAACGGAAAGGUUCAACUUUGUCAGGCCAAUUCUUAUUGUGUUUUCCAUAAGGAAACACAAUCUUAUGCAUGUGAAUGUAAACCCAAAUAUCGUAAAACUUAUGACGAUGAAGAGAAUCCGGAAGAAACGGGUACCCCAAAGAAAGAGGUUUGCGUUUACGUUUGCGACAAUUAUUGUAUCAAUGGUGGACGUUGUUCCGUUAACCUGGAAACAAAUCGACCUCAAUGUGAUUGUCCAGCAAACUUUUUCGGAGAUAAAUGUGAACGUAAAUCAGAAUUUGUUUACAUUGCCGGUGGAAUUGGAGCCGCUGUAUUAUUUAUCAUUCUAAUGGUUCUAUUGAUCUGGAUGAUUUGUGUUCGAACCUCAACCUCACAUGGCUCAUUCGGUAAAAAAUUAUCAAUUCCAACACUUCCAACACCAGGGGCAGGAACCAUUGCAACCGAUAUUUAUUCAACCUCAACCAACGGAGCUCAGCCCAACUUUUACUACGGAGCACCAGUACCUUACGCUGAAAGUAUAGCACCAAGUCACCAUUCAACGUACGCACAUUAUUAUGACGACGAUGAAGAUGGUUGGGAAAUGCCCAAUUUUUACAACGAAACUUAUAUGAAGGAAUCGCUUCAUAAUUCAAAAAAUGCCAAUGGAACCGCAACCCUUCAGGGUAUUAACAAUCCAAGUAUUUAUGGUAACAAAGAGGAUCUUUAUGAUAGAUUAAGAAGGCAUCAGUAUAACGGAAAGAAAGGAGAUACAACAAGUGAUAGUGAAGAUCAAGGACAAAGUCAUUGAGACCGAAAUGAAGUUAACUCGAAUAACAAUUAAACUCUUAACAAUACGAAAUGAACAAUUAAUUAGGUUUUUGGUUUUUGUUUUUUUCUCGCAAUCAAUUUAGGAUAAAAUUUAAUUCUCAUUCUGUAAAUAUUUCCUCAUAUUCAUUGAUAAUCCCAAUAUAUAUCAAGGAUAUAAAUGGAUUGUCAUUCAUACUCAACUUUGUUUUCAUCAUCAAAAAAAACUUCAUCUCAUCCAUUGACCACCAUUAAUUAACAAUCAAUUGUUUACAAUCUAAUAAACAAUUUGAUAACGAUAUAUAUUAUCAAUAACAAUCAACAACACUUAUCCAAAUUAAGUGUUCAAAUAAAUGUUUUUAACUACUUUUCAAAGGUUAAUAAUCAUCAUCAUCAACAACAACAACAACCAUUUGCCUUAACCAUCAAAACACAAUUAAAAGAUUAAGGACUCUAAGCAAUUUAAAUUUGGCAUCAACAAUUUGAUUGAUCACAAUUAAGUGCAUUAAUGUAUCAAAUUAAUUUAAUUACCCAUAGACCGUAAUUGUGAAAACUAAUCUAACAACAAAUUAGAUUAUUAAUAUAUUUUGGUUAAAUUGUCUCCAAUUGGAAGCAUUUUC